UAUAAAUUUGUUUUCUCUAUUAUUUUUCAUCUCCCAAAGUUUCAUUGAGAAAGAAAUAAGUUUUUUCAUAGUUUAAAAGGCGAAUUGCAUCAUUACAAAUAACAGUUUUGUUCUGAUUGAGUCUUUUCUCCAAGAAUGUCAAACUAAUAGGUUGCUUGCAGCCAUUUGCAGUUCAAGAAAGAAAAAAUCUGGGUUUUGGCAGUUCUUGAUAUUGAAGAACUGAUUCAUUAACAAUGGAGGGAGGUGAUAUUUAUAGAGCAAGCAGUAGUUUAAGAAGAAAAGGAAGCUUUUCUAUGUGGAGAAAUAAUAAUCCUAAUGAUGUAUUUUCAAGAUCCUCAAGAGAUGAAGAUGAUGAAGAAGCUCUAAAAUGGGCUGCACUUGAAAAAUUACCCACUUAUGAUCGUUUAAGGAAAGGUAUAUUGCUUAGUGCAUCUAAAGGUGUAGCUAGUGAAAUUGAUGUAGACAAUCUUGGAUUUCAAGAAAGAAAGUUGUUGCUUGAGAGGUUGAUCAAAGUUGCUGAAGAAGAUAAUGAGAAGUUCUUGUUGAAACUCAAGAAUCGCAUUGAUAGAGUUGGUAUCGAAAUUCCAACAAUUGAAGUUCGAUUUGAGCAUCUAAAUGUUGAAGCAGAGGCUUAUUCAGCAAGCAGGGCUUUGCCUUCAUUUGUUAACUUCACUUUUGGUAUAUUAGAGGGUUUCUUGAAUUAUCUUCAUAUAAUUCCAAGUAGAACGAGACCAUUACACAUCCUUAAGGAUGUUAGUGGAAUCAUCAAGCCAUCAAGAAUGGCUUUGCUUUUGGGUCCUCCAAGUUCUGGAAAGACCACACUUUUAUUGGCACUAGCUGGAAAACUUGAUCCUAAUCUAAAGUUCUCUGGUACGGUGACUUAUAAUGGUCAUGGAAUGAAUGAAUUUAUCCCACAAAGAACAGCUGCCUAUAUCAGUCAACAUGAUGAACAUAUAGGAGAAAUGACUGUAAGGGAAACUUUGGCAUUCUCUGCCAGAUGCCAAGGGGUUGGAACCCAGCAUGAUUUGUUAGCAGAGUUGUCUAGAAGAGAGAAGGCAGCAAAUAUUAAGCCUGAUCCUGAUAUUGAUGUUUUUAUGAAGGCUGCAGCAACAGAAGGUCAAGAGACUAGUGUGAUAACAGAUUAUUUUCUAAAGAUAUUAGGUUUGGAAGUCUGUGCAGAUACUUUGGUAGGAGAUGAAAUGAUAAGGGGUAUAUCUGGAGGACAAAGAAAGCGUGUUACUACAGGUGAAAUGCUGGUUGGACCGGCAAAGGCGCUUUUUAUGGAUGAGAUCUCCACCGGAUUGGACAGCUCAACAACUUACCAAAUUGUGAACUCACUAAGGCAAUCCAUUCACAUUCUUAAUGGAACUGCUCUCAUCUCCCUCCUUCAGCCAGCUCCAGAAACUUAUGACCUAUUUGAUGAUAUCAUUCUCUUGUCGGAUGGCCAGAUCGUUUACCAAGGUCCUCGUGAACAAGUACUUGGCUUUUUUGAAUAUAUGGGCUUCAAGUGUCCUGAAAGAAAGGGCGUGGCUGACUUCUUACAGGAAGUGACAUCAAAGAAAGAUCAACAGCAGUAUUGGGCACGUAGAGACCAGCCUUAUAGGUUUAUCACAGCUCAGGAAUUUUCUGAAGCAUUUCAAUCAUAUGAGGUGGGAAGAAAAAUUGGAGAUGAACUUUCAACUCCAUUUGACACGACUAAGAGCCAUCCUGCUGCUUUAACAACCAAACGCUAUGGAGUUGGAAAGAUGGAGCUGCUUAAAGCUUGCAUCUCAAGAGAGUACUUGCUCAUGAAGAGAAACUCAUUUGUAUACAUAUUCAAGCUCACCCAACUUAUUAUAAUGGCACUCGUCACUAUGACACUCUUCCUAAGGACAAAGAUGCACCGAGAUACUGUUGAUGACGGAGGAAUUUAUUUAGGUGCUUUGUUCUUCGCUACAAUUCUGAUCAUGUUCAACGGCAUGUCAGAGCUAGCCAUGACCAUCGCAAAGCUUCCAGUGUUUUACAAGCAAAGGAACCUGUUAUUUUAUCCAGCAUGGGCAUAUUCUCUUCCCACUUGGAUUCUUAAAAUUCCAAUCACAUUUGUAGAAGUUGCAGUUUGGAUUGUCCUCACCUACUAUGUCAUUGGAUUUGAUCCUAAUGUAGGAAGGUUUUUCAAGCAGUAUCUUGUCCUCAUAAUUGUUAAUCAGAUGGCUUCCGGGCUUUUCCGAUUUAUUGCUGCAACUGGAAGGAAUAUGAUUGUUGCUAACACAUUUGGAUCUUUUGCACUACUUGCACUUUUUGCAUUGGGUGGCUUUAUCCUAUCAAAAGAUGACAUAAAGAAAUGGUGGAUAUGGGGUUACUGGGUAUCUCCAUUGAUGUAUGGACAGAAUGCAAUUGUAGUCAAUGAGUUUCUGGGACAUAGCUGGAGUCAUAUUCCAGCAGGCACAACAAAACCACUGGGAAUUCAACUAUUGGAAGCUCGCGGUUUCUUCCCGCAUGCAUAUUGGUAUUGGUUAGGAUUUGGAGCAUGUGUUGGAUUUAUGCUACUAUUCAAUUUCUUGUUCACUGUAGCUCUCACAUAUCUUGACCCAUUUGAGAAGCCUCAGGCUGUUAUAUCUGAAGAUUCUGAAACUAAUGAAUCUGGCAAUCAAACUAGAGGAUCCAUUCAGUUAACAAACUAUGGAAGUAGUCAUAAAUCAAGCAUAGAUGGUGCAGAUGAAAAUAGUGAGGUGAACCAUAUCAAGAAGAAAGGAAUGGUUCUUCCAUUUGCACCGCAUUCCAUCACCUUUGAUGAUAUUAUUUACUCAGUUGACAUGCCACAGGAAAUGAAAAGUCAGGGUGUCCUUGAAGACAAAUUGGUGCUACUGAAGGGUGUAAGUGGUGCUUUUAGGCCAGGCGUUCUUACAGCUUUAAUGGGUGUCAGUGGUGCUGGCAAAACUACUCUUAUGGAUGUGCUGGCUGGUAGGAAAACUGGUGGAUAUAUUGAAGGCAGCAUCACCAUUUCUGGAUACCCAAAGAAGCAAGAAACUUUUGCUAGAAUUUCAGGAUAUUGUGAGCAAAAUGAUAUCCAUUCUCCACAUGUUACUGUCCAUGAAUCUAUAGUCUACUCAGCUUGGCUUCGUCUACCCCCUGAAGUUGACAAAGAAACCAGAACGAUGUUCGUUGAGGAAGUCAUGGAUCUUGUGGAACUGAAUCCAAUAAGAAAUGCAUUGGUUGGAUUGCCUGGCGUGAAUGGUCUUUCAACAGAGCAGCGAAAGCGGUUAACAAUAGCAGUUGAGCUAGUAGCAAACCCCUCUAUAAUAUUUAUGGAUGAGCCAACUUCAGGGCUAGAUGCAAGAGCUGCUGCAAUUGUUAUGAGAACAGUUAGGAAUACUGUGGAUACUGGAAGAACUGUUGUAUGCACAAUCCAUCAGCCAAGUAUUGAUAUAUUUGAAGCUUUUGAUGAGCUAUUCCUGAUGAAGAGAGGAGGAGAAGAAAUUUAUGUGGGGCCAUUGGGUCGCCAUUCCUGCCAUCUAAUUAAAUAUUUUGAGGGAAUUGAAGGAGUCAGAAAGAUUACUGAUGGUUAUAAUCCAGCAACCUGGAUGCUUGAAGUUACCGGUCCUGCUCAAGAGUUAGCCAUGGACGUUGACUUUGCUUCCAUUUACAGGAAUUCAGAAGUGUACAGGAGAAAUAAAGCAAUGAUAAAGGAAUUAAGUGUACCUGCUCCUGGUUCCAAAGACCUGUAUUUCCCUACACAAUAUGCAACUUCAUUCUUAACUCAGUGUAUAGCUUGCUUCUGGAAGCAACGUUGGUCAUACUGGCGGAAUCCGCCAUAUACUGCCGUCAGAUUUCUGUUUACUACCUUUAUAGCUUUGAUGUUCGGGACAUUGUUCUGGAAUCUUGGCUCCAAAUCGACAAAGCAACAAGAUCUUUUCAAUGCUAUGGGUUCAUUGUAUGCUGCAACUCUCUUCCUUGGUGUGCAGAAUUCAGGUGCCGUGCAACCUGUAGUUGCAAUUGAAAGAACUGUCUUCUAUAGAGAGAGAGCCGCCGGAAUGUAUUCGGCUAUGCCCUAUGCCUUGGCACAGGUCAUGAUUGAGAUUCCAUAUAUUUUUUGUCAAGCUAUUGUGUAUGGUCUUAUAACAUAUGCAAUGAUUGGUUUUCAUUGGACUGUUGCUAAGUUCUUGUGGUACAUGUAUUUCAUGUACCUAACAUUGUUGUACUUCACCUUCUACGGAAUGAUGGCUGUUGCUGUGACACCAAACCACCACAUUGCAGCCAUAGUUUCUUCAGCAUUUUAUGGCUUGUGGAAUCUUUUUGCCGGAUUUAUCGUUCCCAGAACUAGGAUUCCUGUGUGGUGGAGGUGGUACUAUUGGGCCAAUCCAAUAGCAUGGACCUUAUAUGGAAUUAUCGGAUCCCAAUUUGGAGACAUUAAGGAUAUACUUGACGGUGAUCAAACAGUUGGAGAAUUUGUGAGAGAAUAUUAUGGUUAUAAACAUGAUUUUGUGCCAGUAGUUGCAGCUGUGGUUCUUGCUCUUACAGUGGGUUUUGCAUUUAUAUUUGGUCUUUCCAUUAAGGCCUUCAAUUUCCAAAGGCGUUAGAAUCAUUGUUGUUGUUAUUAUUUUUUUUUUCCUACUGCUUUUAUUUGUAUUCUAAGAUAGCUAUGGAUGAUAAUCUAUUUGUAUAUUAAUUGAAUUAAUUUCAGAUUAUGGACCUUAUGAUAUUAAUGUUGUAAUGCAAAUUUGAUGUAUUAUCAUUAAACUAA